AUGCAGGAGUCCAGCAGCUCGAACCGGGACCGGGCGACUGCCAUGAGCAGCAGCAGCGACUGGGUAGUCCCUGAGAUUCCUGCCAUACAGCCGCCCCGAACCCGGCGCAUGUCGACCAAGAGGGCGCCAUAUCCCGCAAAGCGGCAGCAAGCACCGAUCGUGCAAUAUGCCGAGAACGACGAGCUCCCCAGGCCCCCGAGCGCCCGACCCCCGAGCGCGCAAAGAGCUUCAUGGCAUGCGGCCGGGCCGCCAGCGCCAUACUACGACAGCAGGCUCGCAAUCCCCUUCCACCCCUCGCCGUAUCCUCCGAGCGAUCAGGCAUAUUCAGCACCCCCAUUCGAUGACGAGAGGGAGACCGAGGGGAACUGGAAUGGAUGGAACGCGCAGCCUUACGACAACCCCGCGGCGCAUGCCGCCGAUGGACCAGCCGCGUCCCGUUAUCCUCGCUCCCCGCCCGACGAGCCAGCCGCAAACUAUCCCGACAGUCGCCGACUGAACGACCAGAUUACACGAUCGUAUCGAGGUGGAAGACUAGAGGAUAGCAGACCACCGUUGACAAGGCCGCAAUCCGCGAGGCCUCCCCGAGAGCCUUGGCAGGUGCCGCAGGACUCUCAGUUCCAGCGUCCAAAAAACCGUGACCGCUCGUUCAGCGUGGAAGAUAGAGCUAGAAACCAGCCGCAGGAAGCUGCAUUUGAUAGCGUCAGCCGCCAUGCUGCGUCACGGAUUUCCAACACGUCGUCGAUGCAGACGUCGACCGGAGAGACGCAAUUUCAAUAUCGCCCCAUCACAGGGACAGAGUUCAGACUGCUCCGUCUUCUGCCAGCGAGCAUGUCCACUAUCAAGUGCGAGAUACUGCACGCAUCUCUUGAUACAGACCCGGAAAUUCAGAAAUAUACGGCUAUAUCAUACGCGUGGGGCGAUAUCGAACCCAACAUGAAGAUCGAGGUCGACAGGUGCUCCGUCCUCAUUACUCCGAGCCUUCACGGCGCACUCAAACGGCUGCGCCAGCAGGACAAAUCCAUCAUGGUCUGGGCCGAUGCGCUAUGCAUUGACCAAAAGAACAAGGCAGAGCAGUCGCAGCAGAUCAGCAUGAUGACCAGCAUCUACGGUGGUGCAGAAUCCGUCGCUGUCUGGCUGGGUGAUAGCGGCGAUAACAGUGAUCUGGCGAUUGACCUCAUCCAGGGAGUGUUCAACUCAGAUAAUGACGGUGCCGUAUCGAGGAUCAUAUCAGCGGAAGGGUUCACUGCCCACUUCACCGCACUAGUCAAGCUCUUUGAGAGGGAAUUUUGGGACCGGCUGUGGGUUGUGCAGGAGAUUUUGAACGCGCAGAUGGUCACGGUAUACUGCGGAAACUCGUCUGUUUCGUGGGAGGUCCUGCAGGGGGCUUCCAUAAUCUUUCAACAACACGAGAAAGAUCUGCGGAUUCAGUUCCCGCGCGGAAAGACGAAGGGGUCCCGUCGCGGGCUCUCUUAUGCGCACGUCCUCAGUUCCUGUGGACCAGCUAGUCUGGAGCUUCUGCGUGUUUCUCCAGAAGAGGAAAUCAUAUCAUUGCUAAGCGUGCUCAGAGUGUGCAGACCAAAGCUGGCAGCAGAACCGCGAGACAAGGUGUUUGGUGUUUUGGGUAUCCUCCCAGCGGAAACCAGUUUCCACUUCCCACCGAAUUAUGGUUCAUCUCUGCGGGAGGUGUAUACCAACGUCGUGGACCUCAUAUUACACACUACGCGGCGACUCGACGUGAUAUGUGAGGCCAUAUACUUCCCUGUUUACACCAGCUCGGUGAAACUCCCAAGUUGGGUGCCGGACUGGUCGCAUAUUCCGUCCACCGCUGGUCUCGGAACAUCGUACGGAUUCAACGCUGCCAGCGAAGUCGACGCCGAGUUUCAGUUUAUGGACGCUCCACACAGGAGCCUGCUUCGGAUAUCUGCCAUCUACCUUGACCAAGUAGAUAUGCGUGGCGUUGCCGUUGGCACCUUCUGCUCUGUGGAUGACUACCUAAUGGCCUUCCUCCACUGGAGAGCAAAGCUUCUGUCAAGAUAUUCGUCAUCAGAGGGGAAGACGUACAAUAUGAAAGAAGAUAGACGAAGCGUUCUGUCGCACUCUAUGUCUCGGGCAGGAGCCCUCUCUAAAUCUCCGCCACUCCUGGACGGAGAUUUUGAGCUAGAGAAGUACCUAUUUAUCGAUCAAGAGCUUGCACCCGAGACGUGCCGUAUGCUUAUUCAAGAGAAUUGCGCUUCUCGGAUGGAGGGCCGCUGCUUCUUCACAACAAAACGAGGGCUGAUGGGGAUAGGAAGCGGGUUCAUGAAGGAUGGGGACAUCAUUUGCGUGCCUCUGGGGUGCAAGACGCCCAUCAUCAUACGCCCAGAGGCUGACAGCAAUCAAUACCGGCUCAUCGGUGAUGCAUACGUUGAUAAGUACAUGGAUGGGAAGGCAGUCAAGGAGUGGAAGAGUGACAGGAAGAAGCUCAUUAGUUAUGUACUGCAGUAA